GCUAUGCGUCCACUCAGCAGUCAGCAACUCAAUUCUCUCUCUUCCCUGUUCUCCGAAAAAGAUUGUCCUUUCAGCCUGCAAACAACAUCGGCGUCGUUUCCACACAAAAUACGCAUCCUUUCCCAACAACGUAGUACCAAAAAGUUAAAAAAUCUCUUCAACUCAAAUGAUAUUCCUCAUCCCCAACACCUCAAAACCCUCAAAAACAAAACCACCUGAUCGCUGGAUAUCCCACAAUUAAACGAGAACAGGAAGACCCUGUUGUGGUCGUCCACUUCGAGAACAGGACAUGGAUCUUGGAGACCACAACCGCCGGUACCGGUUGGUCGGGGACUAUAUACUUGGACCGAGAAUUGGAUGGGGUUCCUUCGCCGUCGUCUGGAGGUCCAGGCACCGCUACUCGGGUGCAGAGGUCGCUGUCAAAGAGAUAGACAGGACGAAGCUUAGCCCAAAAGUCAGUGAGAAUUUACUCAAAGAGAUUUCCAUUCUCAGCACCAUUAAUAACCCAAACAUUAUUCGCCUUUUCGAGGUCAUCGAGACUGAGGAUAGAAUUUACCUUGUUUUGGAGUAUUGUGAUCGUGGUGACCUAGCAGCCUACAUUCAACACCACGGCAAAGUCUCCGAGGCAGAUGCAAGGCACUUCAUGAGGCAAUUGGCCGCAGGGUUGCAAAUACUUCAUGAAAAACACCUCAUCCACCGAGAUUUGAAACCACAGAACUUGCUCUUGUCAACUAGGGAAGCAACUCUGAUUUUGAAGAUUGGUGAUUUUGGUUUUGCAAGGUCCCUGAUGCCCCAAGGCUUGGCUGAUACCCUAUGUGGUUCGCCAUUAUACAUGGCUCCAGAAAUUAUUCAGAACCAGAAAUAUGAUGCAAAGGCUGACUUAUGGAGUGUUGGGGCCAUUUUAUUCCAGCUGGUGACUGGGAAGCCGCCAUUUGAUGGCAAUAGUCAUUUGCAGCUUUUUCAGAACAUUUUAACAUCAACUGAGCUGCAAUUUCCACAAGGUAGUUUGGAAGAAAUACAUCCAGAUUGUGUGGAUCUUGUCCGAAGUCUAUUACUUCAAAACCCAGUUGAGAGAUUAACAUUCAAGGAUUUCUUUAACCACAAGUUCCUACGGGAGCCCAGACCAAAUGUGGAGGUUGAGUACUUUUCUCCACUUCAACCAAUGAAGUCAAUGGAUGGGAAUUUCAAUUCAGUGCAUCCCACGAGCUCAUAUAGCAGAAAUCCCAAAUUAAUUACAUCUUUACAUGACAACAUACUAAAGCAAGUGGAGUAUGGUGACAAUUCAUCCAUCACCAAUAGUGGUCAUGGGUUUACCCCAAAUAUUUCAAGUCAUAGGAUGGGGAAAUCUGUCGAUGAGGGAUGUUCAUCAGAUCAGCGUCCAGUUUCUGAUUCAGUGGAGUCUAUUGAGAAAGAUUAUGUCCUUGUCAAUGCUCCAUUUGCUUCAGUGGAGGGUUUCUCUUAUUACCUCGAGACUUCCCUGCAAGAAAAAUCUACAAGCAGAGUUUCUCUUUAUCCUUUGAGGAAGAAUGACUUGGAUAUAGCUGUUGCAAUGCAAAAAAUGGAGCUGGCCGAUAGUUCUGUUGGUGGUCCAGAAACUGCACAAAGCCAUGGAUCAGAUCUCUUAGUGACAUCAAAUGCAUCCUCUAUAUUAAGGGAAGCACAAAGACUAACCAUAUUGCAUCCUUCAACUAGACUCCACUUGUUACAUCACUAUCUCGAGGCUCUGGCAGAACUCUCACAAGAAAAGUAUGAUGCUGGACUUUUUCUAGAAUCAUUAUCAGUCGAACUAGUUGUUUUGGCUAUAUGGAAGAAAUCUCUUCAGAUUUGCAGUUCUUGGCUUACCUCCACCACAGAAGGUGAACUACCUGCAGCUAGUUCCACCAAUGACUCCAUACCUUAUUUGGAAGGUGCAGGUUCGUCAUCGAACUCUGGAAAACAUAUAGACUUUAGCGAGCCUUCAUCUGUUUCCUUGUGGGCAGAACAAGGAUUUCUUUCUGCAUUUGAUCGUGCAGAAAAGUCAUCGUCUCAUAUCAGAGAUAUGGAUGGUGCUGCUGAGAUGCCAGACACAAUGGAAAUAAUAUACCAAAAAGCACUCGCUAUUGCGACUAAUGCGGCAGUUGAUGAGUAUAUGAAGAACAAGGAAAGGGCCGCAGCAUUGUACUCUAAAGCAUUGCUUCUGCUUUCAUUUAUUGUAAGAGAAGCAACGUGCCUGCCACUGAACCCACCUUUUUCCUUAACUGGUGCCGAUAUGAAGAGAAUUCAGCAGUACAUCAUCAAUUUGCAGUCUCAUCAGUCUCGCUGCCUUGUGUCACAGGAUCCUCAUAAGCAAUCCCUGCCGCCCCCUCGUGGCAAAUAACAUGGUAGUCAUUCAAACAACAGCUUCAUCGGGUUGCUGAUUACUGAAGCAGCUGCUAGAAAUGGUGGAAAGAUUGCACUGUACAAAUUUUGCCUAUGGUGAUGAGUUGGAUAUUAUAAAUCAACUUUUCUUUAAUCAACAUGAUGAGUGAAAUACUUUUGACUGGUGUCUGAUGUAUAGGGGAUGUGAUGUCAAUAGUUGGUCAUCUAGAAUGAGAGAAAUGGCCUCAUUGCUUGAGCUUGUGUAAAUAAAUUUUUCUAUUCUUUGUCCAUACAACACUGUAAAUAUUAUGACUAAAAAGAGCAUGUAAUAUUAUUUAUUA